GAUUGAGCUUUGAGAAACGAUUUGAUACUGGAACCGGAAUUCGAAAUUCGGUGUAGCCGAAGUCAGACAAAUUCAUCUGAGUAGCAUUUGUUUCAAAAUGUUUGAAAAUCAAUGUAGACAUCUUUGAGGAAUCGUAAUGAGAAGUAAUUUUUUGGGUGCCAAUACAACCAAAAAUGAAAUAAGUUUAUUUGGUUAUCGACUAUCCAAAUCUGCUAACCCGAUAAACCUGAUUAAUUUAUGUGAAAUAGACAUUUUUAUACUAAUCACCCUGUAUCCCCGAAACUGGAAGUUGGAUCUGACUGAAAAGCAAGAUGUCUUAUAUAAUCUAAAGACUUUUCAUUUGAAUCUUAGAUAAUUCUUAGACUCCAUUUGAAUCUUAAAACGGUUCAGCCAUUUAGGAGAAAAAUGAGUUACACAAUUUUAAUUUCGUUUCACAUGUCCUCCUGUAGCUCCGGAACCAGAGGUCGGAACCAAACGUAAUUCAGGAACCUUGUUUGGGAGCAUACGACUUUUCAUAUAAAUCUGAGUUUGUAGAAAACGGUUGAGUCAUCUCCGAGAAAAUUGAGUGAAAUUAUUUGUCACACAUGCAUUUGCUGAUCUCGACGAACUGAUUCGAAUGGUAUAUGGGUGUUAUGUUCUUCCAGCAUUUAUUGCUGUAAGUAGUUUAAAUCCGUAUAAUUAUGGAAUUGUUAUCAACUCGAAAAUGCUGCCAUCAUCUAGUUGUCAUAUUCGAAUAAUUAUGUUGCCAAAAACGAACCGUCCUAAAAUCGGUCCGAGGCAAAAUGUCAUGAAAAAGGAUAUUGUACACAGUCUGUUUGGUACUUAGUAACAAAAACUGUAUGUGACGUUAAGGCGUUUAAGAGUUAUGCAAUGUUUUUGAGUUUUUUAAAGGUAUUUUUAAAACUAAUUUAAAUAAGUUAGAAAAAUAACACCCUCUCAAUUUUCUCUUAAAUUUUUACUUAUAUUAUGACCUUUCAGGAACCGCAUAGAAUACAUUUUUAUCGAUCUGGCAUCUAAUGAAUAUUGAUAUUUGAAGCUUGACUAGUUUUUGAUGAAAAAAUAAUCAUGAAAAAGCUUGGUUGAUCAAAAUUGUGCGCAAUGAUUAGUACAACAACUCUUCUGAAGACAACUUUGCCGUAGAACGUUUCACAAAAAAGUUAGAACAAAAAAAGUGAAAUUUCAGGAGCCACCCUACUCUUAUUCGGGAAAAUCGAUGCAACUCGAUCAAAUGAAAAGCUAGAGAGGUGGUUUUUUUUCAGCAAAGUAGCUCAAAAUAAAAUUUCCUACAACUUUAUUGUACAACAAAAUCAUUUUUGAGUUCAAUUAAGAAAGUUAGAUUUCAGAUUGCAAUCUAAAUGAAGACCACCCUAGUAACAUUUUUUUUUAUAAAAAGGAGCGCCAUUUGAUUACAAACAACUUUUGUGAAGACACCAACUACAAAAAACUAAUAUUUAAUAGUGAAAAUAUUUUUUUCACGCUUAUUUCCCGUUUCGGACCACUGUGCAAUGGUGGUUCAAUACCUUACAUUUGAAGUGGUUCGUCAGUGGAACAGUGUCAGUCAAAUUCGUUGAACGAAUUGAAAACUACCCGCGGUUCAAUGACAGUGUUUAGAAAUAGGCAAUCGUAUGUCUUGAAUUGGCCUUUCGUUGAGCGUUUUAUUGGACGGUAGUGCCAUCUCGUGCAAAACGCUAGAAACAUCUAGCUUCAAAUAAUUAGUUAAGGAAAAAAAAUUAAAAUUAUAUCAUUAAAGAUUAUGCAGCAAACUUAUUCAUGUUUCAAUCCCGAAAAAAAAUCCUACUCGCCCUUAUUUUAAUGCAACUUUAAGUAGACUGCAACCUUAGCUGCAAUUAUCUAAUGUGUCAUUAAGCCAGAGCUCGUUUUUUUUGCAUAACCAAGAAUCACACCACGGAAAAGCCCAGUUCGUAUGCAGAGCACAACCGGCGAGCAACAAUGUCUACGGCUCGGUAGAGGAACACACGUGGUUGUUGCUUGGGUACGUGAAUACUAUCGUACCAUUCCGUAUAAAUGGGCAUUUGUAGGAUGGUUAGUCCACUGCUGCCGGCUGAUUUGGGAGGCUCCGAAUGGAACAAACAGUCAGGCUUCGCAGCCCACUGCAAUUAUGUAACCUAUGCUGAGGGUUAAAAUAUUCACAAUUUAUCAUCCACGCUAUUUUAUCUUUGGCUCUCUUGGGCUGUGUCAUUUGUUGUCUGCAAAUUAUAAUUUCCUCGCAUUCAAAAAAAAAGAAGGCUAUUAUUGUGCCCAGGGAUUGUGUUGUCGGUCGUAAUGGAUCCAGAGACUUGGCACACACAGUUAUUUAGUGUAUUAUUGUUCUGUAAUAUUAUUGCAUCUUGCAAUUGCGUUUUGCUCUUUCCUUCACAUAGUCGUUUUACUCAAACCCUUCCGAAGCCUAUAUCAAACACCAUCUCCUUGGACACAGCUGUCGCAAAUGACCAUCGUGGGAGCAGUGGUUCUCAAGCGCGUUUGCGUUUGAAUGAUAAACACCGGUUUACCGGUUCAGUGGCUGUGGCUUCUCAAGCCCCACUGACUUACAUAUCCACCCGCUGUGCAGCGAGAAAUGAAAUUAUUAUGGAAAACAAGCGCCAUCAUUAGAUACAGAGAGAGAGAGAGAAAAAGAAACACACGCACGAUUCAUCUAUUUGACGUGACGCGCCGGUUUUCAUGCAACUGAUUCGAGACUAAUUGGUGACGGGGUUGGAGUACUGGAAAGUAGUUCCAAGUUCAAAAUAUUUGCAUAUAGAGUAUUGACACCCCAGAUUAAUUUGAUUGGGUAGUAAAAAGUGCGUUCGGUUUGACCUAAUUUCAUCUAUUCUCUUUCCGUGGAAACUGAAAUACGACACUGCCAUCGGAUCUAUUUCAAUCCCAAAGCAAUGUGAAAAGAGAAGCCGACAUUUGGGAUUAUUACAAGUGACCUUUAACCAAGAUUGAAUGAAAAUUAUCAUAACUCCGAAGACGGUAGACGUGUCGAGUGAUUUAAUUGAGUCAGUUGAAGGUAAUAAAUAAGUGCUUUGUUUCGGGUAAUGUGUAACACACGGUUGCAGUGAAGUGAUGACGGAAAAGAAACCCAUUCCGACCGCAAAGGUGUUUGUCGAGGCGUUCGAGCAGGAAAACUCGAACGCGGAUGGUGAGCUUUGUCUGAGAAAUAUUCACAUUGACGCCGAUGGUACCGGAAGCUUGGGGCUACACCUGAGCCGGACACCGUGGGAUCCUUACCCUUGGGUCAGCGGAGUGCUGCCGGGAUCGAGGGCAGAUCAAGCCGGGGCUCGGGUUGGUGAUUGUGUACUUGAGGCCAACGGAGAAAACCUGCUAGGUCUCAAGAUAGUGGACAUUGCAGCCCUCGUGAAAAAUGGCAAACCAUCGUCUCAAAGUCUCAAACCUGGCAUCAGUUUACUGCUUUGGAAUUCAGGGUAUGAUAAAAACAACCUGAAUCCUCAGUCACUGUCGCGAUUUGCUAGCUGCCUACAAAACAUCACAGGACUGCUCGAAUGUCCGGUUUGCCUGGAGAUCAUACGGCCUCCGUCGUGGCAGUGCUGUCAUGGCCACUUGAUAUGUUCCCGAUGUCGAGCCAAAACUACCAAAUGUCCAAUAUGUCGUGUUAUGAUGGGCCGAGGCCGCUGCAUCGUAGCAGAUAAGUUGUUCAGUUUUCUAGUGCAAACACUUGGACACCGAGAGGGUGGAAAACAUCCGGCAACCACAAAAUCAUCUAAUUUUCAGCAUAUUAAUGCACACGAACCGUUACUUACCAGAGACCAUCGCCAGUGCAAACAGCCGUUAAAAUUGAAAACAAAUAACUCGUCUAUUGGAACCGCAGAAACGGCCGGCCAUCGGAACGCAGAAAUGACAUCAACAUCAACAUCAGUUCCAGCCGUUCCAGCAGCACCAUUUCAAUAUUGCUGCCCUUCCGGUCAACCGUGCGAUAAAAUGAAAAAUCAACAUGACAUAUUAAUUCAUUUGCAGAAAUCACAUCAAACGAGCGUGGUCCAGUACUAUGCGACCCCGGGCGAAACGCUUAGCAUCAACUUCAACGAGUCCUGCAUCACCUGUGUAGUUCUGGUUCCGGUCGACGAAAGCGGGCGAACGGUGGUCGAAAACAACAACCCGCGCCACGGUGCUGCUGCAUGUUGCAAUUGCACAAAUAGCCACAAAGUAAUCACCACCGUUGCAGCUUCCACGGUUACAACCAGAGAUAAUAUUUUCUUCCUCGCUCGAUUCCGUUGCAUGGAGGCUAGCGGCCAGGUGUUGUACUGGCUGUGGUAUCUGGGUGAACCGGACGAGCUGGAACGGUUCGGGGUGAGCUUUUCGGACGACCGGGAUGGCGGAACCAGGUGGACCGGGCGGCCGGUUUCGCUACAGCAGAACUGCAAGGACGUGCUGAAAUCGAAACAGUUCGUACGUAUGGACCUCGCGACGAAGGAAAUGAAGGUGACCGUCAAGCUAAAUUGAUGUAAUAAGCAGAAGCUAUAAAUAAAUUUCGAACAAAAA